AUGGAGGCUAGUAAGAUUGCUUCACUUAUAAGUAUUGCGCUUAUCAUAAAACGAAGGAGGAAAAGGCGGAGAAGAUCAUUGUGGACCAGAGAAUGGUUAAAGAGGAACGAACGUGGUGUUUUUCGUCAGUUAAUGGAGGAACUACGACUCGAAGACCCAGAACAUUAUCGUCGAUACUUGAGAAUGGAUACGUCAAAAUUUGAGGUAUGUGUUUGCUGUUUAUAUAGAUUUAUGAAGCCAUGUACAUACGACUAAGUUUUCGUUGACGAAUUUACUUGUUCAAGUGCAAAUUGCACAAGAAAUUAUGAGCUAAAUGUGCUGGACAUUUUGAUAAUGCAAAACAAUGCAAACGUCGGUAAACAGCGCAAUGUCAAUGCUCACGCUUUCGUGCCCUUGCUAUAAUUAUACACCAUUAUAAAUUAUUUUAGAAUUUCGCUAAACCGUGUAGAAUCUUCCACUGUUGUUAAAAACACUAUUUAGUCGAAUUUAGUCGUGGUAAAGACACAUUUUUGUCCAGAAUUUGAAUUUUAUUUUAUAUUUGUUUUGAGCUGUGACUGUCUACGCGUCAAUAAUAAAAUAUUUUCUUUCGUAUAUUUAUAGGUUUACUGUGUUCGUGAAUGUAUUUUUGUAUUUUUUCAGUGUUGUAAAUAUCUUGUUGUUAUAAUAACCCCCUCCCCAAACUUUCACUCAUUAUAAACAUUGCUUUUAAACAUUUUCAAAUAGUGCUUGCUGGAGAAAGUGGAGAUGAAAUUGACCAGGAAGGACACCAAUAUGAGGGAAGCAAUACCAGCUGGGGAAAGACUGGCAUUGUCUUUACGAUUCUUGGCUACAGGAGAGUCCUAUUCCAGCUUGCAUUACCAAUUCAGAAUUUCAGUAUCAUCUUUCGCCCUCAUUGUGCCAGAAGUAUGCCAGGCUGUAUUUGAUGUCAUGAAAGAUGAAUUUUUACACUUCCCUGAGAAUGAAGAAGAAUGGUUAGCAAUAGCUGCUGGAUUUGAAGAUGUAUGGCAACUUCCACAUUGUAUUGGUGCGGCUGAUGGAAAGCAUGUUCGCAUUCUACAUCCUCGCAACAGUGGAUCUGUUUUCUACAAUUACAAGG